AUGCCCCCGAAACCGAAAGGCCUGAAGGCUUCGGCCAAGCGCGCCGCUCCGACCGAGACGCCUGCUGCAGCUGGCCCCGCCCUCAAUGCCGAAAAGACGAUGCCGCUCGACGAAGACGCUCUCACGCUCGCCGACCUGUUCGAACUGCGCGCCAACGUCCUCGAAAUCUUGUACCCCUUCCCGACUUCGCUCACGCCAGGCGACAUGGACUUUGACCGCGCCGACGACGCCCGCAACCUCCUGCGCGGCAUCCUCCACGGCUGCGCGGUCCUCGAGCCGUUCAUCGAGGAGCACAGUGCCGGCGAGUACCGCCAGGACAACCGCGAGGGGCCGAGGUCGUUCAAGGAGGUGCGGAAGAGGCGGCAAGAAGCGGGCGACGACAAGCUCAAGGCGCUCGGACUCGAGUGGAACGGCUCGCUCACCGAGGCGCACCUUCUCUUCCUCCAAGGCUUCGCUUUGCACUACCUCGGCGCCCUCUUCGAACCCUCCGACGGCGCGCUCAAGCCUUCGGCCGUCAAGAAUGCGCAGGGGACGAAGAAGCGCAAGGUGGACUUGCGCGAGCCGCAGACGCGCGAAGGCUGGCUCGAGGCGGCUCACGAGCGACUCGAGCUCCUGGUCGACGGCGUCCUCGAUGCGAACGAGCUGCACGACAUGUAUGGCGAGGACAUCGAGGAGGAGAGCUCGCGGAUGACCCUCAUCUCGCUCAUGGAAGCUGAGUACGCGCAUUGCAUCGUCGACCUCGCCGACGCCCUCCUCGCCGCCGGGCGCGCCGAGGAUGCCACGAAGCUGUUGUCCUCGCGCUCCUCAGAGUGGAAGUCCCGUCCUGGCUUCAUCUUCCUCCUCGAUCACCCGCUCGUCUCGCAAGACGACGCCGUCCUUGCCUGGCUCCGCGCGUACUCGGUGUGGGUCCCUCUCGCCGAGCGACAUCCCGAGGAGGCCGGCGGCGCCGAAACCCUCGCGCGCAUCAUGAAGAACCUCGACCAGAUUCGCGCGGUGCUCGAGCAGCCAGCGGGAGUCGAGCUGCCGGCGAAGAAGGAUGGCGAGGACGACGAUGAGGAUGAGGAGGACGACAACGUCCGCGAGCACCCGUGGGUGUGCAUGUCGGACGAGUCGAGGGAGCGCGAGCCGUUCUGGCGGUUCCUGAUGGACGUCGUCGAGGCCGACUGCCUCGCGUCGCAGUUCAUCCUCCUCGAGGACGCGGUCGAGGCAAAGUAUCGGCCCGAUGCCGGCGACGAGGCGGAGGAGGACGAGGAUGCCGAGGUCACGCCGCUUCCGCUCGACGCGGACGAGGUCAAGCAGGCGAAGGAGGCGAGUGAGAAGGCCCUCGAAGCGCUCCGCAAGACGAUCGCGACCCUCGCUUCCCUUCCAUCCGCACUCGCUCACCCGUCUGCCAAGCUCGCGCAGUACCGCAAGCUCGAAGAAGUCUUGCUCGUCUCGUCGGCGCUGAUCAACCCGGACGAGAAGGACGCUCUUCGCGCGAACGAGGAGGAGGUCGCGAAGGUGCGGAAGGAGGGCGGCUUGGAGGAGGUCGAUGGCGAAGAUGGUGAUGAGGCAGACGGUGGCGAGGCGAAGGGCGAGGAGGCGUAG